UUCUUUUAUUUUCGUAUUCCCUGUUUCUUCGGAAUGAUCUAUAAAUAAGGGUGGCAAAGCAAGGGAAAAUCCAGUGUAACAACACUCGCACUCGGAUUCGGUUCUUGUUACAACUGCCAACCCUACAAAACAAACAUGGACUCAGACGACGAACAAAAGAUGGCGAUGCUCCGCAAAGCCUUCCAGAUGUUUGACACCACCAAGUCGGGCUUCAUCGACGUCUUGAAAAUCUCCACCAUCCUGAACACCAUGGGUCAGCUGUUUGAUGACUCCGAGCUUCAGGCCCUCAUCGAGGAGAAUGACCCAGAAGGAAGUGGAAAAAUCAACUUUGAUGGAUUUUGCAACAUUGCGUCCCACUUCUUAGAAGAAGAGGAUGCUGAAGCUAUGCAACAGGAACUGAAGGAAGCUUUCAGGUUAUACGACCGUGAAGGCAACGGCUACAUCACCACUUCCACCCUGAAGGAGAUCCUGGCUGCGCUGGACGACAAACUGAGUAACUCCGAUCUGGACGGCAUCAUCGCUGAAAUCGACACUGACGGCUCCGGAACCGUUGAUUUCGAUGAAUUCAUGGAGAUGAUGACUGGAGACUAAAUAACAUCGCCGUCUAUGCACAUAGUAUUAUUAUUAGAAAUUAUUUACAUUGUGGGAGAAGACUUGUCUAGUACAAAAUGUUUUAUGCGGUAUUAGCAUGAUUGUUUAUCAUCACAUAUACACAAUGUUUUAUCUAUCUUAUAGAUAGGCUUGUUAAAUGGUUAUUUUAUUGUAUUCUACAACUGGUAGGCCGGGGUUGCUUGAAGCCGUUCCAAAGAAUUAUUUCCGGAAUAAUUCACACGAAACGGGUUCGUUGUAACAAUUUAAUGCUAAUAUUUAUAACGCAAAAUGUUUUUGGAAUAUUAUUUUUAUCAAUUAAGAUCUACAACAUUAAAUUAUAUCAAUUAAAAUUUUGUUUUCAUUUUAUUAACCCGUUUCAUAUGAUAUAUUUUAUUUAUUUUUUCAGUUUUGUUAUUUUUUUUCCAAUAAAUAAUGUAUUCUUAAAUCAAUUAAAUAAAUUAUGUCUGAGAAUGCAUAAUA